AAUGUAGCUGUUGCAAAUGGCUUAAAAAAGAAAAUGAAAUGGCUACUAUUUGACUUCUUUUCGGUCGUUGAACCUUAAUGAGAAUGUUUCCAAAAUGGUCCAAAAAGUUAAACAAAUUAUUUCGUUGCUAACGAACUCCCACCCGCCCCAUACACACCUUGGUGAAACGUGUCUUCCAAAACGAAUGGGAAACGUCAAGUCGUCCAAUGUUUACAACGCGAAAUGCGUUACUUUUAGGACACAACCCACCACCACCAGCAGCUUUCCGAGAAGGCAAAUGAAUUUUAACUCCUUCCCAAAUGAGGUGCUGUGUUCCAUAUUCGACUACCUGCCAUGGAAGGAUCGGCAACGGGUGUCGCUGGUGUGCCGCCGCUGGAACGCCAUCAUCAACUCGGACCACUAUCUGCGCGGCCAGAAGCUGGUGCUGUACAACUACAACAAGGCCAAGUUUUUCUCCGGCGUCGAGGUGGAGCUGCUGAAUCGGCAGAAAAAUAUCGCCUUCUACUCGAACGCCAUGUUCGACACGGAGGAGCUGCUCGACACGAUCGGGCGGUCGUUUAGCGGCGGCAGCGCCAUGGUCCGCUCGCUGUCACUGUUUCUACGGUCGGAGCAUCGGCUGGCCCGGCUGGUGGUGGACAACAUACCGAACUUGCGCCACCUGACCGAGCUGAAGAUAUCGGCCAACGAGGGCCUGACUAACGGUGUGCUCAUCGACAGUGCGUCCCUGGAGAAGCUAAACAUUUCGUUCUACCAAAGUUCGGUCUGCCAGCUAGUCACGCCACGGCUGCACACGCUGCACCUGACCGUACGCUACCCGAGCGAGAUGGAGCUGAUAGGGACGAUCUCGGCGCAGCUGGUCGAGCUGAAGGUGUCGUUCAUCUCGAAGGACCACGUUGCGAAGCUGUUCCGGUGCGACUUUCGCUCGCUCAAGACGCUCAACAUUUCGCUCAAAAAUGACAAAUACAUUGCGUACAGCGUGUCGCCGGUCCAUCUGCGACCGCUCGAGCGGGAGGCCAUUUUCGCGCAAACCAUCGUCGGGCUGGAAACGCUCCGCAUCGUCGACAUCUGCAACAUCUUCGACAUUGACUUUUUGAAGAUGUUUGCGUACGCUAAGUCGCUGAAAGCGCUCACCAUCAACUACUUCAAGUUGGUUAGUGAAGUGAGCGAGCUGAUAAACGGGUUUAAGGGACUGGAAUACCUUAAUCUAGAGGGAUGCCAGCGAAUGGACGAUUCCAAGCGGCUACAUCUACCCUGUCUGCAGACACUCGUGAUGCCUUACAAGCAGCUCUGCCUGUUUAGUGCCACGCAGCUGGACACGCUGACGACGCUGUACUACAACAACACGACCAAGGAUCAAACACUGUUGAUCAAGAAGAUAGCGGCCACCUUUACCAACCUAUCCUUCCUGUGCCUGCAACACUUCGACAACGAGCUCGAUCGGAACGCGCUUCUCCAUCUGAAUCUGCUGACGAAACUGCGCGUCCUGGUCAUCGAGAACAUGUCCGUUUCGAGUUCCGUGUUUGAGAACUGUCCGACGGUGCCGCAGCUACAGCGGCUGGUAAUGGACACGAUCGUGUCGGAAGUGUCGAUGCUGGAUAUGAUACCGGCCAGAUUCCCCUCGCUGCAAACGCUCGUCAUCAGCAACUGCUUCCUGUAUCUGAUACUCGAGGAUAGCGGGAAACACUACACGACGUUCGACGAGCUGCGCCGCCAGAUGCCCUGCUGUCGCAUAUCGACCAAAGAUUCGACCAUUUUCACCAAUACCGCUAAGCAAAGCUGAAGAAUAAGGGAUGGCGAGAGAGGGAACCGGAGUUGGAGUGUAAGAAUCUAUUUAAUUCAUCAUUCAGGAGAAAAGGACAAGAGGAGUACGUGAUAUGUAGCGUGUAAGCAAGGAGUUGUGAUUUGUGUGCACACAACGCCCGUCAGGGAAUCGUUUUGCAGCCAAACGUGUGCAGAUGUGUAUAUGUAUGCGUUUGUGUGUGUGCGUGUGUGCGUAUGUAUGUAAUAUAUUUUAUUGGGAUUUUUGAACUAAUUGCAAACUAAACGAAGAAGCGUGUGCAUAAGAAAUCAUUGUGGUGCAAUACGUGUGUAAGGAAAUGAGCCAAGCAAGAGAAACGACAAUAUGGUAGUGGUAGUGAGUAUUUAUAGGCGUUUGAGCGGGAGAGAAGAGACAGCGCCGAAAUAGCUCAGUUGGGAGAGCGUUAGACUGAAGAUCUAAAGGUCCCCGGUUCAAUCCCGGGUUUCGGCACAUGUGGAACUUUUUUGUUGGAGUUGAUUUUGUUCGUUCGGCAUGACAUUCUCACUUUUAGUUUACUAGAUUAGAUUUUUGACCAAGUUUUUAUGAAAUAAAAAAGAAACUUUUACAAUAGGAUGAAACAAUCGUUUCAUCAUCAGGGAUGAUUUUCAAAGGGCAUAACAGCAUGAAAGAAGUUUAGUGUUAAUGGAAGGAAAAAUCAGGUACUAAUGCCAAUGCUUUAAAUGUAGUGAUUGUUUACAAAAACUUACAUAAAGAAAAAUACAAUAAUUUUAGAUAAAU